CAUUGUCUUUUUUCAUCCCGUAUGAUAAAAUUUUGCUAUAAAAUCGAGUCCUGUCCAGAGUAAGGUAUCAUUGAUCACAGUGACUUCAGCAGCAACACUCAAAACCUCAUCUCAAGCAUAAUGGCAUUCAAGUUCGUCGUCUUCGUCGCCUCUUUGGCCAUUGCCAGCGCUGGAUACCUGGAGGCCCCAGUUGCUCAUUACUCGCCAGCUUCGGCUGUGAGCUACAGCAGCCUGUCCCAUGCUGCUCCAGCCGUCGCUACCUUGGCUCAUGCGGCUCCUCUGGCCUAUGCUGCCCCAGUUCACAAGACCCUGUCCUACGCUGCUCCAGCCGUUGGAGCCACCCACGAGAGCACCAUCCGUUCCCAUGAUGCCACCGUCUCUCACUUCUCCAAGGCCGUCGACACCCCAUACUCCAGCGUGCGCAAAACCGAUACCCGUGUCACCAACGAAGCCCCUAAAUUGGCCCUGGCUUCCUAUGCCCAUGCUCCAGCUAUUGCCACCUACUCCCAUGCCCCCGUCGUCACCAAGCAGGUGUCCUAUGCUGCUCCAGCUCUGACCACUUACGCCCAUGCUCCAGUUGUCGCCAAGCAGGUUAGCUACGCCGCUCCAGCCCUGGCCACCUAUGCUCAUGCUGCCCCAGCUGUUGCCACCUACGCCCAUGCUGCUCCAGCUAUCGCCUCGUAUGCUCAUGCUUCGCCAGUUGUUGCCGCUCAUGCCACCAAGACCCUGACCUACUCGCCAGCCGUCGAAGUCGCCCAUGUUUCGUACGAGGGAGCCCAUGCCCAUUAUGCCUGGUAAUUUGCUCAACCAACGCACACAGGAAAUCCUGAUACAAUGAUCAAUCGCGUUGUGUCUAUUUGUUAAAAGCCACUGUCGUUUGUUUUGUUGGGACAGCACUUCCCGGUACACAGCUGGGAAGUGAUUUAAUAAAAUGGAUGCAAACUAAA